AUGCCUCCUAAGAAGGUUACCAGCGCGUCCAAGAAGGCGGCGCCUCCUGCUCACACUUCCUACCGCGAUAUGAUCAAGGAUGCCAUUAUUAGCCUGAAAGAACGCAAUGGUAGCAGUCGUCAGGCUAUCAAGAAGUACGUUCAGUCUAACAACAAGAUCAACGUUACUUCCCAGAGCGUCUUCGACUCUCAGUUCAACAAGGCUAUCAAGGCCGGUGUUGAGAAGAAUGAGUUCACUCAGCCCAAGGGCCCAUCUGGCCCCUUGAAGCUUGCAAAGAAGGAUGCCCCUGUCAAGGCCGCUCCUAAGCCUGCUGCUGCUAAGCCUGCCGCUAAGCCCGUGGCUAAGCCUGCUGCCAAGAAGGUCGCCCCCAAGAAGGCUCCCGCAAAGACUGCCCCCAAGAAGGCUGCUCCCAAGAAGACCACUGCCACCAAGCCCAAGGCUAACUCCGGCAAGGCCCGCAAGACUCCCGUCACCGCUCCUGCUGUCGUUGAGCAGCCCAAGAUUCUGGGAAAAACCAAGUCUGGCCGUAUCACCAAGACUACUGCCCCGCAGCCAACAACAACCCGGGCAGCUCCCAAGAAGCGGACUGCCAAGAAAUAG